AUGCUAGUUGACCAUGGAAGACAUGACUCUUCUACCCCUUCACCAGACUCAACUCGUCUUGAUAUUGCGGACCCUCUCCGCUCUAUCCGCACCCUUUUUUCUAUACCUGCUCCCGUUUAUCUCUGUGGCAACUCCCUGGGGCCUCAACCGCUCUCGGUUCGCACCGCACUACAAACCCAUCUUGACAAAUGGGCAUCCCUCGGCGUCGCAGGCCAUUUCACUACCCCCGACCCAUGGGCAGACAUUGAAGUUGCAGCUGCCGCUGCAGUCGCUCCGAUAGUUGGGGCUAAACCAGGAGAAGUAGCCAUCAUGAAUUCCCUUACUGUUAACUUGCAUCUCAUGUUGACUGCCUUCUACAGACCACACGGCGAUAGAAAAUGCAUAAUAAUUGAGGAUGGUGCCUUCUCCACCGACGAGUAUGCUCUACAGACUCACAUCACCGCGCGCGGACUGGAUCCCGCCAGCGUCAUAGUCCGUCUACAACCGCGCACCGGUGAACGCUUACUGCGUGAUCAAGAUAUUCUCUCUACCAUAUCAGACUUGAGCGCAGCUUCCCGUCUCGCCCUCGUCUUACUCCCCGGUGUUCAAUACUACACAGGUCAACUCUUUCCGUUGGCAGAAGCAUGCAGAGUCGCACGCGAGGCCGGCGUGCCAAUUGGCUUUGACCUUGCCCAUGCUGUGGGCAACAUUCCGCUUUCGUUGCACAAAUGGGGGGCUAAUUUCGCCGUAUGGUGCUCGUACAAGUACCUCAAUGCCGGCCCUGGCGCCGUCGGAGGGGUCUUCAUACACGAAAAGCAUGCAGCGGAAGAUUUACCCAGACAUGCGGGAUGGUGGGGCCAUGACCGAACCUCCCGUUUCUUGAUGCCCAGAGACUUCAUCCCUCAAAGAGGCGCCCCAGGAUUUCAGUUGUCCAACCCACCUGUCUUCGCAAUCGUGCCUGUCAUCGAGGCGGCCCGCGUUUUUGAAAGGGCAGGCGGUAUGGAAGCUGUUCGGAGAAAGAGUGUCAAGCUGACAGCGUUUCUUGAGCGCUUGAUCGAAAAGAAAUUAGGGGGGGCUGUGGAAAUCGUUUCCCCGAGGGAUGAGCAUAGAAGGGGGGCACAGUUGAGUUUGGCCGUGGAGAGAGUUAGGAGAUGGGAAGGUGGAGAUAUGCAUGCGUUUAAUGCUCGUUUGGAAAAACGAGGUGUCGUUUGCGACGUCCGCGAGCCCGACGUCUUGCGAGUAGCUCCGGCGCCGUUAUACAAUUCGUUUGCCGACGUAGAGCUAUUCGUCGACGUUUUGGCGCACGCUCUUGGGGAAUUACCACCAUGCAAGUGA